AUGGAGCAAGAUAUAGACGAUGGAAUUCACUACAGCGAUGUGAAGUACAAACAUAAACAAGAAGUUGAUCACAUUAUGGUUGUGGCACCACCUCAUCUACUUAAUGUCUCAAUCAAAGGUAAUAUUGCUACAUUCGAUCGACUCAGCAAACUUUUUCAGUUAGCACCAGUCUCACUUGAGAGUAUUAAACUAAAUAUUAGACCUUGCACAAUCGUUGAUCCUAAUCAAAUCAUUACGAUACCAGCCCACAUUAAAUUCGAUUAUCGGAUAGCCUACGAUAGUUUCGAACUUCCUGCAGAUUUUAAUUGGUCAACGCAUAUCGACGCGUUUACUCAAAGACCAGCACUUCGAUACGAAGAAAGAGUACUCUGUUCUGUUCCAUCAUUUACAGAAAAGUCUGUAUUCAGACUACUCACACCAAAUAUAUUCAUUACAUCACCUCAUAUUCUAUUCUUACCAAAAGUGCAUACUUUAGUAUUUGAAUACAUCAAAUUUAGAGUCAAUACGGAUACCGUGGUGUUUAUUCGUCAUACUUUUCCCUCAAUUCAUACAAUUGUUUGGCGUUUAUCAAAGCUAAAAUUAUUUACUGACCUUAUGCCUCGACAUGAUAAAAGCAAUUAUUGUUCACUCAACCGAUCCCAAAACACUACAAGGUCUGCUAUCGUUGUGUCCGAAUGUGAUACGUAUUUGUUUUACAUGCGCUUUUGA